GCUAAUAGCACUAUCUUCAGCCCCGUUUAUUAUUUACGUGGACCUUGGUUUAGCUGAAAAAUGCCUGACCUACCAACUGGCUCCAGCUGAGCCAAUGACUGUGCCCAGACCCCAGGAUCCCCCUCUAGCAAUCAGCAUCUGUCAGCACAACAACAGUGCUAGGUAGUUGAAUGUUUAUCUAAAACCUUAACUGCUGGGGGCUAGUGGAGUUGAGAUUUGCAUUGAGGAUUACAGCUAAACUUGUUUAGUUGGAUUUAUCCUAGAAAAAGGCUUUUUAAAAUUAUAUUUUAAUCGAAGCUUUGAGGCUAAAGAUAGUGCCAGUCAGACUGGAAUAAGCACGUGUGUUUAGAGUUUUAUUUAAUGCAUUUACAAAUUCGUAAGGAACUACUUCAGUGGACUGCUGAGGCCAGUAUCUAUGUAAUCUGGUCAAGCUGGCAGUGGGGACUUCUAACCAUUUGCAAGACAGAGAAAUGUAAAAUAUAAUCCAGAGAGUCCAAAUAAUUAAUUCUGUAUUUUAUUGUUUCUACAUUAAUAAGUACAGUAGAAUUGUAUGAGUAGUUGAGUGUUCUAGUACAGACAUUCCAACACUUGCUUCUUAAUUUUUCUGGAACAUUGGUGAAAGUCAGAAAUCAAUUUAAAGGUUGCUGUUAAUUGGAAGACAACGUGUAUGAGAAUGAAGUAGCAGAGGAAAAAUUCUCUAAUUCUGCCCAAAAGGUUGAGUUUUGAAGAAAAGGAUCUUAAAAUCAUCCAGCCUGUGCCUCCAGACUUUCAGUGUAAUUUUCCCAUUAGGUAUAAAUCUAUACCAACAGUCUGUAUGUCUGUUGAGUGACGGCUAUAAUAAUGAUGGCUGAUAAGCCACUAAGCUAAGCUUAUAAUGCCAUUUAGUUAAGUAUUUUCUAUACUGUUCAAGUUAAAACAACCUCCCACACUGGAGUUAGCAUAACCAUUCAUCAUAUUUAACUCUUGAAAUGCACCAAGGCAUCUUUUUUGGUACAUCCAGAAUUUUAAACAGUAGCAGCGCAGAACAAAGAACUUUAAGGAAAAACUGGGAGGAGUGGACAGAAAAAAAUUCUGUAUCUUGGCUUAGCUAUUGUACUAAAUUAAAUACUAAUGAAGUUCUCUGCCACGCUCCAACUUCACACUUUUUACUGUGCAAGUGGGAACUCUGCUUUUACCAUGUUCUGAGCCUGCUUUGAGGAAAGGCCUGUAGCAGAUGACUUGCUGAGGUCCCUUCUCAAAAUUAUUCAAUGAUUUCAAGGAACAAGACUGAAAGUGGCUCAUCUUCUAACAGGCACAGGAUUGAAAGUGUCUUGUCUUCCAACGGGCAUCCCACUUUGAUUUUCAACACAGAAGGGAAAAGAAGGACAAUCUGUGGCAUUGCACUCCUACUUGCAGUACUUUGGUUUAGGAUUAUCUCCAUUGCCAGAAUACAAAACUUACUGGCUAUACAAAUGCUGCUAUAUUGAGUAAUGUAAUAGAUCCUAUGGCACAGAACUAGAGAUAUUUCCCAUUCAGGUGGCACCUUCCUACCACAUACAAAGAUCCCCAGACUGGCCUUUUAACAGUAACAACGCAUUGUCCGCGGUGAGGCAGUGGGCCUCCCGGGCAGCAUGUGGGUGUGGGAAGAGGCGAGCGGCCCCGGCUGCAGGGCGAUCCGGCAGAGGAAGCCGCUGGGCUGCGCCUGCAAUCGGUGCGUUGCCCCUUUAAUUGUGUCCCCAGCCCUCGGGCGUCUCUGUCCAACGCCCACGUCAGCAAAUACCUUUUGUUUCUCUCACGUUCGGGCUUCCAGGGCUCGGGGCUGCGGGACCAGCGCGUCACCUCCAGCCACGGCGAGCCCCGACGCGGGGCCGGGGACCCCGCAUCCACCGCCCGCUCCCCUCGGCUCAGCGACACCCGCCCCAGGACCAGCCGAGCACGCCUUCCUCUGCCUCCCUGACUGGAAUGGAGAUUUCUUCCCAUCAGUUCCACCUCCUAGAGCAGCUGAACGAACAGCGUAAGCAAGACUUGUUCUGCGACUGCAAUAUCCUGGUGGAGGGCAAGGUCUUCAAAGCACAUCGCAAUGUGCUGUUUGCCAGCAGCGGCUAUUUCAAAAUGCUCCUCUCGCAGAGCUCGAAGGAGACGAGUCAGCCAACAAUAGCGACAUUUGAGGUCUUCUCUCCAGAGACAUUUAUGGUCAUCCUGGACUUCGUGUAUUCAGGCAUAUUGUCUUUAACUGGCCAGAAUGUGAUCGAAGUAAUGUCAGCUGCUAGCUAUCUGCAGAUGACAGACAUUCUUAAUGUCUGUAAGACAUUCAUUAAGUCCUCGCUGGAUAUUAAUGAAAAGGAAAAGGAUCAUUACCUCAGCCUUUCGGCCAAAAGUACAAACAGUGAACCUGCCCACCCGUCUCUUUAUCGGUCAAGAAGGAAAGCAAAGAGCAACCCCAAGCGUUCCUAUUCGAUCCCGGAUGAAAAGGCUAAUACGGUGAAUGAAAACUCCUGGAGUAGCUACAGCAGCUACCUGUCCUCACAGGUGAUUCUGCAGCGGGCAGAAACACAGCUAGCAAAAAGAGGCAGAAAACAGGGCUCGGCAAGAAAGCGCCGAAAACACCUAGGGCUGUCACAGACCCGCGAUUUUGCGCAGUAUAAAUCAAACAAAGUUGAGCGGGCCAGCGGAGGUUGCAGUGCCUCAGAUUCCAGCCACAUCUCUCGGGUUAGAGAGGAGGUUGAAUUUGAUGCCGAGAAUGAUGUCGAUCAUGAUGAUUACGGAUAUAAUCAUGAAUCAGAAGUGAUACCGAAGAGGUGGUCUGUGGCUCAGCUAGAACAAGAACUUUCAAGAACUCCCGAGUUCAUGGAAUUAAAGGCAGAAGAACUGUACACCUCAAUGCCUACAAUUUUAGGUGUAAUGAGUAGUUGGAAUGAAGAUGACCUACCUCGGAUGCGGUUCAAAUGCCCCUUCUGCACACACACGGUGAAACGACGCGCAGACCUCAAGCGUCAUCUUCGGUGUCACACAGGGGAGCGACCAUACCCCUGCGAAGCAUGUGGGAAAAGGUUCACCCGGCUGGAGCAUUUACGUAACCACUUCCAAACGAUACAUCAAGCUGGCAAACUGAUCUGCAGAAAAUGCAAGCGUCACGUAACUGAACUAACAGGAUGUGUUGUUCAGCAAGGAACAAGACGCUACAGACUGUGCCAUAAAUGUCUAGCAGAAACUAAUUUUGACAGCAUCCCUGAUGAUUUAGAUGGAGGACAUUCUCCUGUCUCCUCCACGGGAAACAAACGUCCCAAAUGGGCUUUGGAGGAGGAACAGAAAUCAGAUGAAGAGACAUUGGAGGAGGAACCGUAUAACUUGGUUGUCCGACACGUUAAUGAUGAUACUCCAGAUGAGGUAGAUGAAAAGGUGAAACCAAAUCUUAGGUAGAUACAUUUGUGUAUUUGUUACUGUUGUAUUCAAGAUUAAAUUACUUGUGUCCAACUAAA